UUGGAUCGAGAACUGAUUGAAGUUCGCACGAGAUGAGAAAUUCUUUGCGAAUUCGAAUCGUCCAAAAGCGCGCGUGUGAAUAAAAAUUCCGAGAUUUCGACGCAAAAGUCUUCUCCCGAAUGUAUAAAUAAGAAAUGGAAAAGUAUGAAAAUAUCGAGAUAGUGGGCGAGGGAAGUUACGGACUGGUGAUGAAGUGCAGGCAUCGCGAAACCGGACAGAUAGUGGCGAUAAAAAAAUUUCUGGAGACGGAGGAGGACGUGCAGGUGCGAAAAAUGGCGUUUCGCGAGAUAAAGGUGUUGAAGAAAUUGCGCCACGAGAAUCUGGUGAACAUGAUCGAGGUGUUUCGACGUAGAAAGCGGGUUUAUCUCGUGUUCGAGUAUCUCGAUCACACGGUGCUCGACGAGUUGGAGGAGACCGAACGUGGCCUCGAUUGGGAAAAAUCGAGGAAAUACAUUUUCCAAAUACUUCGCGGUUUGGACUUCUGCCACACUCACAAAAUUAUGCAUCGCGACGUGAAGCCCGAGAACGUGCUGGUGUCGCCGAACGGAGUGAUCAAGCUGUGCGACUUCGGUUUCGCGCGCCACAUCACCGGACCGAACGAAUCCUGUACCGAUUACGUGGCGACGAGAUGGUACCGCGCGCCCGAGCUUCUAUUCGGCGAGUCGAGAUACGGAAGAGGAAUCGACGUCUGGGCGGCCGGCUGUCUCUACGCCGAGAUGGUCACUGGCCAGCCGCUCUUUCCCGGCGACAGCGACGUCGAUCAGUUGUAUCGCAUCACGAAAUUCUUCGGUCCUAUUUACGGCAAACAGUCGGUGGUAAACAGCGGCCGUUCGCAUCCGUCGCUUCGACGUGCGAAAGUCGACGAGGUUGCGGGGACGCCGCGAUCCGCGACCGCGGCUCUUCGGAGUUUCUUCCCCAAGUGGAACCCGUUGGCGAUCGACUUCCUGGCGCAGUGUCUGCGCACGGAUCCCGAGACCAGGCCGAGGUGUUCCGCGUUGCUGCAGCACGCGUUCUUCGCGCAGGACGGCUUCGCGGACAAAUUCUCGAACGAGCUGCAGCAGCUUGUCGCGAAGGAAACCGCGGUGAAUCCGCUUUCGGUAAACAAGAAGCGAGAAACGUCGUCCAGAAUCUGUCGUAGCAGCACCGGCAGGUGGCACAUGACGCUGAUAAAAGAAACGAGAGCGACGAACAACAACGUGGAAUUGGAAAUUGCGGAAAACGAGAAUUCGCGAGUAGCCCGAGCGAAUCGAUCGCUGCAAGCGAAUCGAUCGCGCGAGAUGUGUUAUUUAGGACCGAUCUCGGUGAUACCGAACACCACGUACAUUCGACGACUUGAACACAAAGGGCUUCUGCUCCCGGACUCGAAGGGCUGUGUUCUACCGGCUCUGACGCCGAAGACAAAUGUCAAGAGAAAAAAACUCGAUCUUUCUGGCGUGAAAAAUCGUUGA